CACGCAGGCUGGUGACAUGAGGCUGGCCCGUGCUUUGCUCCUCCUGCUGCUGCAGGUCUGCUGGGCCACCGCGCAGGACGAGCUGGCGGCCGUGAGGGCCGUCGCUUUCCAAGACUGCCCCGUGGACCUGUUCUUUGUGCUGGACACCUCCGAGAGCGUGGCCUUGAGGCUGAAGCCCUAUGGGGCCCUGGUAGACAAGGUCAAGUCCUUCACCAAGCGCUUCAUCGACAACCUGAGGGACAGGUACUACCGGUGUGACCGCAACCUGGUGUGGAACGCGGGCGCGCUGCACUACAGCGACGAGGUGGAGAUCAUCCGUGGGCUCACACGCAUGCCCAGCGACCGUGACGCCCUCAAGGCCAGCAUAGACGGGGUCAAGUACUUCGGCAAGGGCACCUACACGGACUGCGCCAUCAAGAAGGGGCUGGAGGAGCUGCUCGUCGGGGGCUCCCACCUGAAGGAGAACAAGUACCUGAUCGUGGUGACCGAUGGGCACCCCCUGGAGGGCUACAAAGAGCCAUGCGGGGGCCUGGAGGAUGCUGUGAAUGAGGCCAAGCACCUGGGCAUCAAAGUCUUCUCCGUGGCCAUCACGCCCGACCACCUGGAGCCGCGUCUGAGCAUCAUCGCCACGGACCACACGUACCGGCGCAACUUCACGGCAGCCGACUGGGGGCAGAGCCGUGACGCGGAGGAGGUCAUCAGCCAGACCAUCGACACCAUCACGGACAUGAUCAAAAACAAUGUGGAGCAAGUGUGCUGCUCCUUCGAGUGCCAGCCCGCCAGAGGACCUCCCGGGCCACGGGGCGACCCCGGGUACGAGGGAGAGAGAGGGAAGCCGGGGCUCCCUGGAGAGAAAGGAGAAGCUGGAGAACCCGGAAGGCCCGGGGACCUCGGACCCGUCGGCUACCAGGGGAUGAAGGGAGAAAAAGGGAGCCGAGGGGACAAAGGCUCCAGGGGACCCAAGGGCUACAAGGGCGAGAAAGGCAAGCGUGGCAUCGACGGUGUGGACGGCAUGAAGGGGGAGACGGGGUACCCCGGCCUGCCAGGCUGCAAGGGCUCGCCCGGAUUUGACGGCAUUCAAGGACCCCCUGGGCCCAAGGGCGACGCAGGCGCAUUUGGACUGAAAGGAGAAAAGGGUGAACCUGGAGCUGACGGGGAGCCUGGGAGGCCAGGGAACACGGGGCCACCCGGAGAUGAGGGCCAGCCGGGAGAGCCUGGUCCCCCGGGAGAGAAAGGCGAGGCUGGUGACGAGGGAAACUCAGGACCAGAUGGUCCCCCUGGAGAAAGAGGCGGCCCUGGGGAAAGGGGACCACGGGGGACGCCGGGCGUGCGGGGCCCGAGAGGAGACCCGGGUGAAGCUGGACCCCAAGGUGACCAGGGGCGAGAAGGCCCUGUCGGCGUCCCCGGAGACCCGGGCGAGGCUGGCCCCGUUGGACCUAAAGGAUACCGAGGCGACGAGGGGCCCCCAGGUCUCGAGGGCCCCAAAGGAGCCCCAGGGCCUCCAGGACCCCCCGGAGACCCCGGGCUGGUGGGCGCAAGGGGAGAAGAUGGCCCCCCUGGAAACGGCACCGAGGGCUUCCCCGGCUUCCCCGGCUAUCCAGGCAGCAGGGGUCCUCCCGGGAUAAACGGCACCAAAGGCUACCCCGGCCUCAAAGGGGAUGAAGGAGAAGCCGGGGACCCUGGAGAGGACAACAACGACGUUUCCCCCCGCGGUGUCAAAGGAGCGAAAGGGUAUCGGGGACCCGAAGGCCCCCCGGGACCCCCAGGGCACACGGGACCACCGGGGCCGGACGAAUGCGAGAUUCUGGACAUCAUCAUGAAAAUGUGCUCUUGCUGUGAGUGCAAGUGCGGCCCCAUCGACAUCCUCUUCGUGCUGGACAGCUCCGAGAGCAUCGGCUUGCAGAACUUCGAGAUUGCCAAGGACUUCAUCAUCAAGGUCAUUGACCGGCUGAGCAGGGACGAGCUGGUCAAGUUUGAGCCCGGGCAGUCGCACGCGGGCGUGGUACAGUACAGCCACAACCAGAUGCAGGAGCACGUGGUCCUGAGUGACCCCAACAUCAGGAACGCUCAGGAGCUCAAAGAAGCCAUCAAGAAGCUGCAGUGGAUGGCGGGGGGCACAUUCACGGGCGAGGCCCUGCAGUACACGCGUAGCCGGCUGCUGCCGCCCACCCAGAACACCCGGAUCGCCCUGGUCAUCACAGACGGCCGCUCAGACACCCAGAGGGACACCACCCCGCUCACCGUGCUCUGCGGCCCUGACAUCCAGGUGGUCUCCGUGGGCAUCAAGGACGUGUUUGGCUCCGUCGCGGGCUCCGACCAGCUCAACGUCAUUUCCUGCCAAGGCCUAGCGCCCCAGGGCCGGCCGGGCAUCUCGCUCGUCAAGGAGAACUACGCAGAGCUGCUGGAGGACGCCUUCCUGAAGAACAUCACCACGCAGAUCUGCAUAGACAAGAAGUGUCCAGACUACACCUGCCCGAUCACGUUCUCCUCCCCGGCCGACAUCACCAUCCUGCUGGACGGCUCGGCUAGCGUGGGCAGCCACAACUUCGACAUCACCAAGCGCUUCGCCAAGCGGCUGGCAGAGCGCUUCCUGACGGCGGGCCGCGCGGACCCGGCGCAGCCCGUGCGCGUCUCGGUGGCGCAGUACAGCGGCACCGGGCAGCAGCGGCCGGAGCGCGCGGCGCUGCAGUUCCUGCAGAACUACACGGUGCUGGCCAGCACGGUCGACGGCAUGGGCUUCAUCAACGACGCCACCGACGUCGUCGACGCGCUCGGCUACGUGACCCGCUUCUACCGCGAGGCCUCCUCCGGGGCGGCCAAGAAGAGGCUACUGCUCUUCUCUGACGGCAACUCGCAGGGGGCCACGGCGGCGGCCAUCGAGACGGCCGUGCAGGAGGCCCAGCGGGCGGGCAUUGAGGUCUUCGUGGUGGUGGUGGGCAGCCAGGUGAACGAGCCGCACGUCCGCGUCCUGGUCACGGGCAAGACGGCCGAGUACGACGUGGCCUAUGGCGAGCGCCACCUGUUCCGUGUGCCCAGCUACCAGGCCCUGCUGCGCGGCGUCCUCUACCAGACGGUGUCCCGGAAGGUGGCGCUGGGCUAGCCGGCGGCCC